UUCAUGUUCGUGAAUAGAUAAUAACUUCCGGUUAUAAAAUUUUUGAAAAGAAUUAAAUUUUUCUGUCAGUAUUCAGGAUUCAGGAUUCAGGAUUCCCUCUUCAGUUUCUUGUGAGAGAAAAUUCUUUCAGAAUUCAGACCCAAAUUUUUUUUUUCCCUCUGAGUAUUCUGAUUUUCCAUUGACAAACAAGUGAAAAGCUUUCUCUCUCUCUCUCUCUCUCCCUCGUACUCUCCUUGUGAUUUUCCUUUAUCUGGAACUCAAACUCAAUCAAACCCAAAGGAGUCAGCUUCAAUUUUUUUUUUUUCCUUUCUUUCUUUUUCUAAUGGCGGAUUUGUCUGUUGCGUGUGUGUGUCAGAUCCUGACACCUAUCUAUCUUCCUCCUCUGGUCCGUUCAAUCAUGCAAUAGGCCUGGCUUCAAUUAUUCUACAUUGCAGUUACAGGUCACUUAGCUUCAUCUCUAAGAAUUUGUUUUUCUCUCUUUUAUCAUUUUCUGAACAGAGAAGCUUCUCCACUCUGUUGUUUUAAUCCCAAGUCAAAAUAAUUUUAACAUCUUCAAGUGGAACAGUUUUUGAUUUUAGGAAACUGGGUUUUGAUUUUUCCUUCUGGGUUUUCUUUCUCGUUUAUGUUAACUGUCAAAGAUUCUUAAUUUUUAUCGAUUUUAGUCGUUUUCCUUGUUUGGGUUGUGAGAAAAUUUUAGUGGCAGUUUCCUUCGGAUUUUCCUAGCUGUACACCAUUAUUACUUUCAGACUACCAAAACUGUCAAACGCUCUUCUUUUUUUUUUUUUUUCCUUUUUUAAUACAGAAAUAAAUCUCAUCUAUUUUGUUUCGGUUUCUCAUUAUUAGAGCCAGAAGCUGUAACACGCUCACUGAUCUGAAUCCGAAACGUUGCGUUCUCCAUUACCCAAUAAAACCCAUUUCCCCCCGUUCUCUGAACACCACCCAAUCUUCAUUUUCAAGAAGGACCCAGUUUGGAAAAACGUGUUUCUCAAUCUGGGUAUUGGGAAAAAAAAAAAAAACUUUUAUUUUCGACGGGAAGAUCUUUGGUAUUUUAAUAUGGAAGUUUGGUACAGGGAUGCAAUAUUUUGAAGGUCUGCAUCAAUGGCGAAUCUUGUCCCAGGCGUGCUUCUCAAGCUUUUGCAGCAUAUGAACACUGAUGUUAAAGUAUCUGGCGAGCACCGGUCGUCUCUAUUACAGGUUGUAAGUAUAGUCCCUGCGCUUGCUGGAGGUGAACUAUUCCCUAACCAAGGGUUUUACCUCAAGGUAUCAGAUUCAUCACAUGCCACAUAUGUAUCUUUACCUGAUGAACAUGAUGAUUUAAUUCUUAGUGAUAAGAUCCAAUUAGGUCAGUUUAUACAUGUGGAUAGGUUAGAAUCAGCUUCACCGGUCCCUAUUCUUCGAGGGGUCCGACCGGUCCCUGGCCGGCAUCCUUGUGUAGGAAACCCUGAGGAUAUUGUGGCAACUCACUCACUAGGGUUCCUCAAUGGCAUUAAUGGUAGUGGAAAGAUUACUAAUAGUUCAAAGCAUGGGGAGAAACUUAAAUCACCUGCCAAAGUUGUGUUGGGCAAUGGUAGCGUUGGAGAAAAGGAGAAAUUGGUGGGUUCUAGGUCAAAUGGUGGGAGUAAGGAAGAUCAUUUGGAUAAGAAGACAGCGGGUUUAACUAGAUCGAAGUCUCAGCUAUCGAAACAAGCAUUGAGUUUGGAAUUGAAGAAGGAAUCUUUGGGGAGAUUGAAAUCAUUGAGUUCUAGGUCAAUUCCGUCUUCUCCCACGAGUUGUUAUUCUUUGCCUACUUCUUUUGAGAAGUUUGCAAAUGGGAUUAAGCAACAGGGGAAGAUUAAAGGAAUGGAAACGGGUACGCCUAAAUUGGGUUCAGUGGAAAAGGCAAGUUCUGUUCGAGGGGAGAGUCCGAUCAGGAAAAAGAUGCCUGUCAUAAAGAAUAUUGUUCAGGGAUUUGAGCUAGGGGCAAAGGCUCUGAGAAAGAGCUGGGAAGGGAAUAUUGAAGUGAAGAGCCGGGAUAACUUGAAACUGAGGACCCCGAAAUAUGAGUCAAAGACUGAAGCUCGGAGUACAUCUGCUCCUAGGAAAAGUACAUCAAGUGAGAGGCUGCCACCUAAAGACGAGAAGAUCCCGAUGUCUUCAAAGUUAUCAAAAGAGGAAAAUAGGGUUCAGACAUUCACCAAAAAAGUCACUGCAAAUGGAACUCUGGAUGAUCAAGAGAAGUCAAAUAAGCUAAGAAUUUCUCCGAUAAAAAAAUUAUCAGGAGAAUUGACUAGUAAUGGAGUUCCAGGGAACUUGGUUAAGGUUCCAAUAAACAGUCGAAGGCUGACGGAUGGAAGCAUUCAGUGGGCGUCACUUCCAUCAUCUCUUGCAAAGCUUGGAAAGGUAUAAGCUUUCUUAUACAUAUCCUGGAUUUUU